AUGGCGGCGGCGCUGGCGGCGGCGGGCGGCCUGCGGGCCCGGGGCCGGGACAUCAGCCUGGCGGCGCUGCAGCGCCACGACCCCUACAUCAGUCGCAUCGUGGACGUGGCCAGCCAGGUGGCCCUGUACACGUUCGGCCACCGCGCCAACGAGUGGGAGAAGACCGAUGUGGAAGGGACGCUGUUUGUGUACACAAGGUCGGCGUCUCCCAAGUACGGAUUCACCAUCAUGAAUAGGCUAAGCAUGGAGAACAGGACAGAGCCCAUUACUAAAGACCUGGACCUCCAGCUCCAGGACCCCUUCCUCCUCUACAGAAAUGCCAGAUAGCUGGUUUUUAAAGCCGAUGUGGCGGUGCACACCUGUAAUCCUGGCACCAGCGAGGCUGAGGCACGAGGAUCUCCAGUUCCAGGCCAGCCCGGGCUACACAGCAAGACCCUGUCUCCAAAAAGCCGUCCAGAGGCAACUUUCUCACUCCUGACCUGCCAGCCUUUCCCAAAAACACGAUACACAGUAAGCGAUGAACAGCCACAGAGCGCGCUUGUAUUCCAGAGCACUGAUAAAGUUAAACUUUGAAGCUCCAGUUGAAAACAGCAGCAAGUCAAUUUAUUUACAAACAGGGGCGGGCCAGAAUCCGGAAGCCACGGCGCGAUGGGCCCCGUGGAAAGUGGCCAUGCUGGCCAUGAAUUACAGGCCCCUGGACUGGAAGGACUCCCCCAGUCAUUUACAUUACUUUUAAUAUUAGUAUAACAUUCUAGAGUCACAUGAAUUCUGGAAGACUGUAUGUCCUGCUUGGGGCUAUUGGUUUAGAAGGCCGCAGUGUCACCUAACUUACUAGAAUCCCCCCC